AUGGCGUCUGCCCAAUCGCUGACCCGCAGUGAAGCUGCCUUCAAGGCCCGCGCCAGCGAGGUGGGGCUGACUGCUGAUGAAGUCAAGAAGCUCUUUGAUCAUGGGGUUACAUGUAUGGCCAAACUGGCAUUUGCAGCAUGCCCUCCGGGGCAGAACCCCACCGAUGACCAAGUGAACCCCCUGUUUGGCGGCGGCCUCUCCAUAGGCAGUCUUGCAUCGGCAAAGGAGCUUAUCUUUGAAUCGCAAACUUUAGUAGUUGCUGAGUUGAAGAACCGGGUCGAAAAAGGUGAUGAAGCAGCGUCUGCCUCCAUGGCAGCAGCAGAGCGCGACACGAGGAUUGCAGAGCAGCGAAAACGCUCGACCGGUCUCACGCGCACCGGGGACGAGGAGUGCAGCUACGAGAGCUACAAUCUUGUGCACACAAUGAUACAGCAGAACACAGUGCUGUAUCAUCAUCCUGAGCGUUUCGCCACGCGCCAGUUUGAACUACAGCAGCGACGGCCCCGUAAGGAGUUGACUUUAGAUGCCAAGAGUGGUGUCGUGGUGCGCGACAAAGCCCUUGAAUUGAGGUGUGAGACACACACCGAGCUGGAGCUCACACAGGCUUUCAGGCGCCGUGCCCUGGCUUAUGAUCUCACCGGGGCAUGUUCCUACAGUGUGAUGAAUGCAUAUCAUCAUUACCUCAUACAGAGGCUUCAGGAGACGCCACCACCAAACUACAUGCGCAUCACCUCCACGCAGGUGCUUCGCGCUGAUCGUGCAGCGUUUACUCGCAUAGCUGAGCAAGUAAAGAGCGUGCGGAGGGAGGCGGACGGCACACUCCCGCUGUGCUGGACCCGUCCGUGUCCUUUCAUUUGCUGUCAGCAAGGCGGGCGCAAAGGCAAGCAAGAUCGUUCCUGGAAGGGCGGCAAAGGCCCUCGCGCGCCCAAAGAGCUCAUUGGCAAGGUUGUGACGGUGCUAAGCCCGGCCAAGCUUGCCCCAAGGGCCUUCACCUUUGCGCCGAGCCCUCAUUGCCCCCUCCGCGACAGCGGUUUCAUGGGCAACAAGCCAGAAAUGGCAAGUGCUGCACCCGGUGAAUCUCUCCAGCAGCCGACACAGGUGAUAGGGGAUGACUCCGCGUGUGAUACUACAGGUGAUCCCAUCCAGCAGCAGGUUUGUGAUGCGUCUGCAGGCGAUACUACAGGUGAUCCCGUCCAGCAGCAGAUUGGUGAGGUACCCGCAGGUGAUACUACAGGUGAUCCAGUCCAGCAGCAGAGUAGCCGGGAUGACCGUGUGCACCCAGCUGAGCAGUUGGCCGAGACACUUCUUUUCCGUGGUCGAGAGAGAAUUCGUAGGGAGGACGUGGACAAGCUCCUGGAUCUCCUACCUGACACUGACAUGCAAAGGGGGGAUCGGACCGAGGCGCGAGGUGAUUCGUCCAAGUGCUUCAUCUCAGGAGGUCAGCUGUGGGUGGCUGACGACAACGGUGUUGUGGAUAGGAGUGGACAGCGCAGCGUCAUAGUGGGGUUCACACCCAGGAACCUCGAGGCGCUAUCUGAGGCGGACCGCACCGCUCUGUCCGGGUUGGGGUUUCGCUUGCAUGCUAACGCCGUUGCGAAAGGCCCCACUUGCACGGCAAAGGUUCCGGCGAUGGUUGAAGGUGAGGCAGACCUAGGGGUGUACCGCACACCCCAAGAGUUCCUCGAGGAAGCACUGAAGGCCAAGCAUCCUAGCCACCUCGAUGCCUUGAUUCCUGAGGACCUCAUGGAUGCAAUCAGGUCUCAUGUGGAGCUUAGUGAGGAGGCCCUGUCCCGCGUGAGAACCGAACGCAUUCGGGAGUGGAUAUCCUGGGCGCAGGACUUGCAGGCACACGAGGACAUGCUGAAACAGGACCUGCCAGCCCAUCGCAAGUUGGUGCUGGGCAAGAAGCGCCUUUGCCUCUUCAAGCGAGUGUUGCAGCAAGCAGACCACGGCGACGUUAGUUUGGUCAAUGACAUCACUUCCGGUUUUAGCUUGACUGGGCGGCUCCCCGAAGCCGGCAUUCUCAGGUCAGACUUCCGUCCCGCUUCGCAACCGGUGUCUCUUUUGCGUGAAGGAGCGAAGCGAUCGAAGGAAGCAGUCUUGGCAGAGCGCGUGCCGUCCGAGUCAGAUAUAGUGGACCGGGGCGUGGAGGAGGCAACUUUGAAGGAGCUGGAGAAAGGCUUCAUCGAAGGCCAGAUUGCAUCGUCUCGAAUCGGCGACGGGCUCCCAGAAUUGGCCGCUGCUCAGGCACAGCUCACAGGCUCUCACGGCAUCUCUCUUCGUGCCGAGGAUCGCUUCACGUCCACGCUUCAAGAGGAGCUUCUGUGCAUCGGCCACAGGUUUGCACAAGCUUGUCCGCCGCUGGAGGUGUCCGCGUUGGAUGCCAUGGACUGCCUAUGGCGCCGGAGCCUGUUGAUGUUCCUUGUGAUCAAAAGCGUGCUUUUUCUGCUGCUUGGAACAAAGACUCUUUCCGCAGAGAUCGUCCAGGAGUGGCUUCAAGUGGUGCUGCCGUGGGCGGGAAUUACGGUCCUCGGUAUGAUGCUCUCUGCUGCUGCGGAUCAGGCUGAGAAGAUUGCGAUUGUCACUCAGACAUUGGGUGGCAAAGCUUUGUCCACCCUGGAGAAACGCAGCUUUCCUGGCUUGGGCUUUGCUUUGUGGGGCGAAAAUGCACCUGCAUCGAGGAUCAAAGGAGUGUUGGAGCUUGUCGCCUUCCUCAGGCAUGUGGUCGGGCUGCCAGUUGCGGAGAAUGCCGGGGACUCACCUUGGAUUCGAGGCAUCCUGAGGUCAGCGGCUGCCAAUGCCAAGCCAACCUCGAAAGCGAGGCCCCUCACCGUUGGCGAGGUCAGUGCCCUGGAAGAGUUCGUUAAACGAAAGCAAGGGGCUUUGCAGGAUGUCUAUGCGGCCGGGUGUUUCUUGUACUUGAUUUAUUCUAGGGCAAGAUUUGGCGAUUGCAAGAUCAUCUCCAACGUCUUCUUCGACUUGAUCAAGAAAUCAGGUGAUGUCGUCGGCUAUGUCGAGGUAAUCUCUUGGUCGCACAAGAUGCGUCGACACUUCCCUUCGAUCCCCCUGGUAGCACCCGUCCAGGGUGCAACAAAAGGGUCGUGGGUCGAGCGCUGGCGAGCCGCUGCUGCAGAGGUAGGCCUCCCAUUUGAGAGGCUUCAGGGCGAUGCACGAGGGCCGUUGCUCCCCCUCCCAAGCAAAGGGGGGUGGCACUCGGCCAGUUGCUCCACGGCCGAGGCGCGGGCAUGGCUGUCGCAGCUGCUGGUCAAUCUUGGGCACACCAGCGGUACCACCGUUGGUGCCCACUCAUGUAAAGCAACAUGUCUUUCAUGGUGUUCAAAAUUUGGCAUAUCUAAAGAGGUUCGGACGAGGCUGGGAAAUCACAACGAUCGAGGCUCGGCUGAGUGCUAUGGGCGCGACACCUUCGCUGGUCCGCUCCGAGACCUGGAGGGCUGUGUGCUUGCGAUUCGCACGGGUGCUUUCUUACCUGACAUGUCGCGCAGCGGAUAUUUUCCAGCCGAUGCAAGCAGCCGAACAGGUGGCUCGUCGAGCCCCGUCGAGGCGGCUGAUGUGGGCGUCGCAAAUUCAUUCGUGCUGCCUGCAAGCGAUCCUGUUGGGGAAUCUUCAUGCGGGUCCCCGGGCCCCUUGAUCGAGCCGGCGAGCCCCAGCCUCGAAAGCAAUCAACAUGGCGAUCACUUGACGGUGCGCAGCCCUGCCACUCCAGAGAAUGACGCUGCUCCGCGGCCGGAGGAUCAACCCAAUGCUUCGGAGUCUUCCAGCUCGUCGACCUCGUCUUCUACAGACUCAGAAGUUGAGUCUGAGCCGGGGCCCCAUCUCGCCGCUCUGGAGGCCCCAGAAUGGCGCUCCGAGUGCGAAGUAUGGCAGCAUCGGCAGAGUCGCACGGUUCAUCUGUUGCCAGUCGCUGAUGCUGAUGCCGGCGCCUUUGUUUGUGGUCGUGCUAAAUCAAAGGCUUAUACUUCAGGGUUACUGGUCAUCCUAUUGUCGAGUCGCUCAAGUGUGCGCAGUGUGAUCGUGGUAAAACCAUCCGCAGCACGGCGCAACUUGUGCAUGUUCUUGAGAAGAAGCGGCGGACUUCAUGAGUUUGCUGCGGCUCGGCUUAUGAGCUCGAGGCGAGAGCUCCGAUACGUCGUGAGAUCCGUCUUGCUGCCAUGA